CCAGCCCUCGACGCACGACAGCAUCAUCUCCUCAUGUCGGAAGAUUCAGACUCCAAACCCUAUUGCUUUCCAGGGUUGGAAAACCGGGAUGGGAUCUCAGGAUGCAGAGGUGCCUCCAUGUCCAUGCCCAGAGGGGUAUCAGGUCUCAGCUCCAUGGUGCAGCUGCAUCGAAUGGGUGGCUACAGCCAAGGAGGACCUGACCUAGGCCUCCCCUCAGAGGGCAGUGACAGCAGCAGCCAGGACCCCCCAGCAUCGCCUCGUGGCCAUCGCAAAAGCAUCCGCUCCCGCUCACUCCCUGAGGAGGACAUGGAGAUGAAGAGCAGCGGGUCCAGCGGAAGUGGAACGGAAUCACAUGGCAACGAAAGCCAUGGGAAUGAGAGUCAUGGCAACGAGAGCCAUGGCAAUGAGUCUACGGGCAGUUCCAAUGGCAACAGCAAGGACUCCGCUCUCUUGGAAUCUUCUGGAAGCAACAAGAGCUCCAACUCCCACAGUCCAUCUCCUCCCAGCAGCUCCAAUGCCUUCAGUCUGCUGAGCUCUGAGCAGGACAACCCCUCCACCAGUGGUUGCAGCAGUGAGGAAUCAGCCAAAGCCAAGACCCAGAAAGAGCUGAUUAAAACUUUGAAGGAGCUGAAGCUUCAUCUGCCCGCUGAUAAGAGGAGCAAGGGCAACAAGUCCACAACUCUCAACACGCUCAAAUAUGCGCUGCGAUGUGUCAAACAAGUGGAAGCCAAUGAAGAAUACUACCAGCUGCUGAUGAUCAAUGACAGUCAGCCAUCAGGUCCGGAUGUUUCCUCUUAUACAAUAGAGGAGAUAGACAGCAUUACUUCUGAAUACACCCUCAAAAACAAUGAUAUUUUCGCAGUAGCGGUGUCCCUUAUCACAGGAAGGAUAGUGUAUAUCUCUGACCAGGCGGCCUCCAUCCUUAAUUGCAAGAGAGACGUGUUCAAGAAUGCCAAGUUUGUGGAGUUUCUGACGCCACAGGAUGUUAGCGUGUUCUACAGCUUUACCACGCCUUACCGCCUGCCCUCCUGGAGCAUGUGCACCGGAGCAGAGUCCUCUCCACCAGACUGCAUUCAGGAGAAGUCCUUUUUCUGUCGUAUCAGCGGUGGCAAGGAGUGUGAGGGGGAGCUGCGGUACUAUCCUUUCCGAAUGACUCCCUACCUAAUGAAGGUCCAAGACGCGGUGCACGCUGAGGACCAAUUCUGCUGCCUCCUGCUGGCUGAGAGGGUUCACUCUGGGUAUGACGCACCCAGAAUCCCAACCGACAAACGUGUCUUCACCACCACACACACUCCGAGUUGUGUGUUCCAGGAUGUUGAUGAGAGGGCUGUUCCACUCCUUGGGCACCUCCCCCAAGAUCUGAUUGGCACCCCAGUCCUCCUUCACCUUCAUCCUAAUGAUCGGCCAAUAAUGCUGGCCAUUCACAAAAAGAUCCUCCAGUAUGCGGGACAACCUUUCGACCACUCGUCCAUUCGGGUCUGUGCAAGGAACGGGGAGUAUGUUAUCCUGGACACCAGCUGGUCCAGCUUUGUCAACCCCUGGAGCCGCAAAGUCUCCUUCAUUAUCGGGAGACACAAAGUCCGCAUGGGCCCAGUAAAUGAGGAUGUUUUCGUGGCCCCGACCCCUGCCACAGGCGAGACAAAGAUGGUGGACUCAGACAUCCAGGAGAUUACCGAGCAGAUUCAUAAACUCCUGCUGCAGCCGGUUCACACCAUCAGUUCCAGUUCCUAUGGCAGCUUGAGCAGCAACGACCACCUUACUGGCCUCACCUCUUCUGGCGAGAGCACCAACAACGUGAGCGGGAGUCCAAAGAAGGUGCGACCAGAAGAUGAGGGAGAGACCAGCAAAGCCAAACCUCGCACAUUCCAGGAGAUCUGCAAGGGGAUUCACAUUCAGAAGUGCCAGGAACAGCAGGUCUACUUGGCCUCCUCCACCAAACCAAACAAGAGGGGCAAUGGCAAAUCCGUCCAGAAGAGCACCGCCGUGGUGAGGCCCAAGGACUCGGCUGCCCCUAUCAGCUGGAAAGAGACGAGGGCCACCAUGGUGGAGAGCAGGGCUACUUUCCAGGAGGAGCUGGCCUUCAACGACCAAACUGUUUACUCCUACCAACAGAUCAACUGUCUGGACAGUGUUAUCAGGUACUUGGAGAGCUGUAAUGUGCCAAUAACCAUGAAGAGGAAGUGUCGGUCUUCUUCUAACACCAUGUCCUCCAACUCAGACGAGGACAAGCAGGACGGUCCCUGCGCAAUGCAUGUGUCUGAAGAACCAGCUUUGUUAAAGGAUCAGUCUGGUCUCUCUCCUUUGGGUGGUACAGAAAAAAAAUCCAGUGAUGCAGCCACUGCUGUAGUGGGGACCUCCUUGCCCUUACCUGUACCUGAUAAACCAGAAAGUGUGGUGUCCAUAACCAGCCAGUGUAGCUACAGUAGCACCAUUGUUCAUGUAGGAGACAAGAAGCCCCAACCAGAGUCAGAAAUCAUAGAGGAUGUCUCUGGAGCCGGGGAGGCAGUAGAGGGGAACCAGACCCCUGUGCCUCCUACUAGCACAGUUUCACCUCCCAGCCAGGAGCGCGAGUCCUACAAGAAACUUGGGUUGACCAAGCAGGUCCUGGCCGCCCAUACUCAGAAAGAAGAGCAGGCCUUUCUGCACCGCUUCAGAGCGCUCAGAGGAGUCAAAGCCUUCAAGGCGGAUUGCUCUCGCUACCUAGAGCGCCAGAGAGGACAGGUCAUCAGCAACGGUACUAUAUACCACCACAUGGACACACUGUACCAGAACUCAUUAAAGCUACAAAUAAUGGGGGGGCAUUCGGGUAAUGUGGUGGUGUCGUCCGUUGCCUACCAACAUGGGGAUUGCUGGUUUGAAUCCCUGUGAUACCUCCGGCUUGGUCGGGCAUCCCUACAGACACAAUUGGCUGUGUCUGCAGGUGGGAAGCCGGAUGUGGCUGUACCUGCAUCGAGUGCAUACAAGCAAGGGGGAGUUGGUGGAGAGGCUGCUGCUCGCCGAGGUGGACGCAACAGGAAGACCAAGUCAAAGCGGGCAAAACAGAUCGAGUCAUCAGACAGCACGGUAUCCUAUCACAGACAGCAGCAGCUGCGGCCUCCUCUUCUCAACCAGGGCCUCAACCAGACCUCCUGGUCCCGCUCUGACACCUCCCAGUCCACUUUCCCUAUGGCCUACCCUGCCGUGAUGCCAGCCUACCCACUCCAGGUUUAUCCCAGAGUAGACAACUUGACCCCUCGUGCAGUCUCCUCACUACCAGGCUUUGCGGACAGCCAGUGCAACCAGCCUCUUUCCUGCCCCCCAUCCAUCCACCCUUCUCCCUACGCUGCGCCCAUGGUCGCCCCCAUGGUGGCGCUGGUAAUUCCCAACUAUGUGUUCCCUCAGAUGGGCAACGGGCCUCUGCCGCAGCAGCCCUUUUACCAGACAGAGACUGACGUUUUCCCAGUUCAGCUACAGCCCUUCGGUCAGCCUGCAUUCCCAGGUCAGCCUGGCUUCACUGUCCAAACCCAGUACAACACCCAGAAUCCCUUCAUCCCGCAAGCAGGCUUUGCGAACACUCCAUUCCCUUUCCCCCCGGCGCAGGAUAUGCCCAAGGCCCCUGGGGAUGGUCUAUCUCGCUCCUCCACUCCACAGUCUGGGGGCGGCAGGGACCAGGCAUCGUCUCCCUUGUUCCAGUCUCGCUGUAGCUCGCCACUGCAACUCAACCUACUCCAGCUGGAGGAGAGCCAGAGGUCUGUGGAGAGGCAGGACAGCACAGCACUCUCUGCUGGAGGACAAGGAAAUAACCCCACCGAAAGUGAGAAAGGCGCAAGUGGCAGCCAGGCCAAACAAAAGGGAAGUUCAGCCGGUGAUGUAAACAACAGCGAUGCCAACUCCUUGUCCAGCGACAUGUUGGACAUUUUACUCCAGGACUCACAUUCAGGCACAGGUUCAGCCACCUCGGGGUCCAUGGGCUCUGGCUCCAGGGACUGCGCUACCUCAGCCAGCGGGACAUCUAACAGCAGAAUGUCUAAGAGCAGGACGUCAGCCAGCGAAGCCUCCGCGAGUGGAACUUCUGGUAGUAGAACAGGGAGCAACAACAGCAGCAAGUACUUUGGCAGUGUGGACUCAUCCCAGAACAGCCAGAAGGUCAAAGGUUACUCGAACAACAGCGAGGGCAUGCCUAUGAGCGUGGAGCAGAACGAACACUUCAUCAAAUAUGUAUUGGAAGAUCCGCUGUGGCUGCUCAUGGCUAACACAGAUGACAAGCGUCAUGAUGACGUAUCAGCUGCCGUCACGUGACACUCAGCAGGUGCUAAGAGAGGACAGAGAGAAGCUGAGGCUGUUACAGAAGAGCCAGCCACACUUCACAGAGGACCAGAAGAGGGAGCUGAUGGGCGUCCAUCCUUGGAUCAAG